UGAAUGAAUUGGGGUUGGUUUCACUUGGUGAUUUUUCUUUGGAUUGUGGUUUGACUGCUAGAAACUUGCACUGAUGCAUACACAGGAUAACAGGACCAAAAAUGCCAGUGGAAGAUGGGGAGCAAUUUUGACUAACUUGUUCUUACCUCGAGGUUUCCUUUUAGCAAGAGGGUCUUCAAUAACUAAAAGGUCUGGCCGACAGGGGAGUGGAGGAUAUUUGAUACAUGGUAUCUUGCGGUUACGUUGCGGAGAAGCUUAGUAGAAUACGAGGUCAUGCGCCAUGCUUCAUGCCUGGUCAAAAGGUAGUGUAUAAUGUUGACUUUGUAACCCAAUAAGUAGGGCCACUUCCCCACAUUUGUUUGAAGAAAUGCAUAGUGUAGGACGAUGAUGCUAUGUGUUAGGUCUUUCUUGAUUUUAGAAGUCAAUUCCAUCCACGUAAUACCCUAUUACCUAACUCCGGGGGGAGAAAAAAAGCCCCCCUUUUCCUUCCUAUGAUUGGGGAUCGCAAGACAGUGUGAAAAGGGUUGGCAUUUGAAAUCUCCAAGUCCCAACUCUAUGUGCUUUCCCUUUAUUUUGGAAGAGUGUAUUUGUUUUGUUUCUCGUGUCAUGCGCCAAAUUUCAACGAAAGCCCCUUCUUUUUUUAUAUUUGGCUUUCACCAUCAAGUCCCACUGCCCAAAGAGAAAAGCACAUUGAUUAGAAUGCCAAAUCAACCAAUUCAUUUGAGGCCAUCCAAGUCAGCAUCCUGACCCACCCAAAUGGGCCCACUUACAAUCAACAAAGUCCAAAAGUCACCGUCCACCAACCGGCACCCGUCCUUGUAUCAAGGUCCAAAGUAAAUCUCCAAAGCCGCGUUCACACGGUCACACCUCCCCAACACAUGUUUUCUUUCAUUCUUUAUUACAACCGGCUUCACUCAACACGCAAGAUGACAAACUGUACCACAUACAUCUGUAUGUCAAAAUCAAACAGUAAUCAAAAUACUAACACACAAUGCGGCCUUGUUCACACCACAGAAUUUUUGGUUCAAACAUGUAGAGAGUCCAGAACACAGCAAGCAGCACUGCCAACGUAUCUCUAUAUGAAUGAAUGAAAAAAAAAAAAACUCUCCCAUUUUUGUAUUAUAUCUAAGCUUUCGCUUCAGUCCUCAAUUCGCCAGAUGAACGAAUCAACAAAUAAGUGUCACAGUGAUGACGAUCGAGACGCGGAUGACAACGAAGACGUUGAUUGUAGCUCCUUUGAAGAAGAUGGAGACUCAGGGAACAAGAGGAAAAACAACAAGAAGAAGAAGGAGUUGAGCGGCAUAAUUACGACUUUGCUCCUGCUGGAAGAGCAAGAGAAGUGUGAUCAGGAAGAAACUAACAAGGAAUCAACGGAGGAGAGGCUCUCCUUAGAUGCCCAUCACAACAAGAGAAGUAAGAGUACGGUCGAUUAUUACUCUAAUUUACAAAGUUAUUACACAGAAAUUGAAGAGAAGGAUCGCGUGAAGCGAAGGAAGUCGCGAGGAGUCAUGGCUGGUGGCAUCGCCGUUGCUACUGCUGCCGCCGCUACUGAGUUCGAUGACACUAAUCUGGACAAACGUGCCAGACAUGGAAGUAAGAAUCAGGAAAAACAACAACAGCAACAAAGGCGGUUGUGGGUGAAGGACCGAUCAAAUUCCUGGUGGGAUGAAUGCAACAGUCCUGAUUUCCCGGCGGAGGAGUUCAAGCGAGCGUUUAGGAUGAGCAAGUUCACUUUCGAUAUGAUUUGUGAGGAAUUAAAUUCUGUCAUUGCCAAGGAGGAUACUACUCUGCGUAACGCAAUUCCCGUAAGACAAAGAGUGGCUGUUUGCAUAUGGAGAUUGGCUACAGGGGAUCCUCUCAGGCUUGUAUCAAAGAAAUUUGGUUUAGGUAUAUCUACUUGUCAUAAAUUGGUUCUUGAAGUUUGUUCUGCUAUUAGAAAUGUUUUGAUGCCCAAGUUCUUGCAAUGGCCCAAUGACGACGGAUUGAGGAAGAUUAAGGAAGAGUUUGAAUCCAAUUCUGGAAUCCCUAAUGUUGUGGGAUCUAUGUAUACUACACAUAUACCAAUUAUAGCUCCCAAGAUCAGUGUGGCCUCUUAUUUCAAUAAGCGGCAUACAGAGAGGAACCAAAAGACAUCGUAUUCGAUCACGGUGCAAGGUGUUGUUGAUCCUAGAGGGGUGUUUAGUGAUGUGUGUAUUGGUUGGCCAGGUUCAAUGCCUGAUGAUCAGGUGUUGGAGAAGUCUGCCUUGUAUCAGAGAGCUAAUGCAGGGUCAUUGAAGGGUGUUUGGAUUGUUGGGGGUUCAGGGUAUCCGCUGAUGGAUUGGGUGUUGGUGCCUUAUAAUCAACAACAUUUGACAUGGACUCAGCAUGCAUUCAAUGAGAAGAUUGGGGAGAUUCAGAAGGUUGCUAAGGAUUCCUUUAGAAGGUUGAAAAGGAGAUGGUGCUGCUUGCAGAAACGAACUGAGGUGAAACUACAAGACUUGCCAGUGGUCCUUGGUGCGUGCUGCGUACUGCACAACAUUUGUGAAAUGCGGGAGGAGGAAGUGGAUCCGGAGUUGAAGUAUGAGGUUGUUGAUGAUGAGAUGGUGCCUGAGGUUCCUUUGAGAUCAGUAAGCUCAAGGAAGGCUAGGGAUGCAAUUGCCCAUAAUCUUUUGCACCAUGGGCUUGCUGGUACUUCUUUUCUAUAGUUGAAAGAGAUCAAAUUAAUUGAUUUCUUUUAAGAUUUUGAUUCUUUUGCCUAUGACUUUGUUGAAUUCGGUUUAUAGGACUGUGUUCCCUGAAUUCAUCCUCAUUUGUUUUAGAGGAUUUGUAAGACAUAUUCUCCUCUUCCACAAUGGAUGAGUAUAUAUAUAUAUAUAUAUAUAGCUGGAAUUACCUAAAGUUCUCUUGAGGAAGGAAAUAAAAUUUGCAGUAUUCUCUUA